CGGGAGCGUCGCAGGUGUUGUGGAGAAGGCCAGGAUGGCGCGGCAGCCCAAGUCCAGGAACCAGCUGAAUCAAAGCCUUGUGGGCACUACUUUCGACACGCCGAGGUCUGGCGUUGUCUACUCAUAUAACCCAGCGACAUUCAAAUUCAAGGUUCGCAUGCACAUGAGCUCGGACGUUGACGUGGAACUCUCGCGAGGGGAAGUGCUCAAACUCAUCAACGAGUCGCAGGCGCCGCCAAAGUCGAUCCUCGCCUCAAAAGAUUGCAACCACCCGCUAGUCGGUACACGGCUCGCCAUGCCUUUCGGACCGCUCAACGAAGAAAUCACCGGUACCGUGUUGUACUAUGUGCCGCCUCCAUCGAACACAUACUGCGUGCGCUUUCUCAACGGUGUGGUCAAGUACGUCAAGGACUACAUGAUCGAUCGCGGUGACGGCGACCCCAUUUCUCCUCGAGUCCCACCCAGCUCCUUUCGUGCUCCUUCGCCGCCGCGUGAAGUCGACAGUGGCGACGGCCUCAUCAGAUCAACUGACGCUCCUGUACGAAUGGAGCGGCCAUCAGUCUCGCCGUCGAAGAGCUCGAAGCACCAGGUCAUCGACUUGACCUUUUCCGACUCGGACGACUCGGACAGCAUGACCCGUUCUCUAUCGCUGGCGACAACGCUCGGUCCUACGUCCUCUCGGCGCCGCGACCCUCUGCGUUCCAAGCUUCAGAAUCGUCGACGCGUCAUUGAAAGCUGCAGCGACAGUGACGACAAUGUAGAAGAUGUCAUGCCUGUCGGUGGGCUGCAUCCUCCCGAGUCAGCCUUUGAUGCCGCGGCGCGGUAUGCCAAGCAGAAAAAGUCGAAGAAGUCAAGCCCAUCCGCCGCUUCAUCCGACUCGUCCUCGGACGACGAGAAUGGUCGACGGCAUCGCGUGACCUUCAACAAGUUUUCGUAUGCAUCGUCCAGCGAAGAAGAACGGCGGGAGCGGCGUCGGCGGCGGCGGGAAAAAAUCACAUUGACCAACUCCACGCGCCGACCAGGCCACGUCGAGCCUCUCUCUCCACGGCAUGAGUUUGCGUGCUGCGCUGCUCGCGCGCCGCUGCACUCGCACGCUUCGCCGUCGUCGAUGCCACGACCUACGAUAUACGUGCCACCGCCCGUUUCGCCCUCGACUACACACCAGUCGAGCUCUCACCCACGGCCUUCGCCAGUGGCCCCAUCCACUCAUUCUCUCGACGCAGCGGACUUCAUUCGUAAGCGCCAAGAACACCAGAUGAACCGAGAGCGGCGAAUGCAGGCCGAGAAGGCCGCCGCGGUCCAUGCCCACCGCCUCAAACAAACCAAAGUCCAAUCGCACAAAGCCCGCGCGUGCCAAGAAGCCGAAGCACGCGAGCGAGAGCGGCUCGCGGCCGAGCACAUUGCAAAGCGACGUAAACACGAAGGCGAACGCGCGCGCCGCAAGCGCCAGCAGUUGCGGCGACUCGCCGAAGCCAAGGCAUUGCGCCAUCAACAACGCGGGAUGGCGCACGAGCGUGCAUUGGAGGAAGAGGUCGUCGUCGAUGGGACGGCCAUGCCGCGGUACCUGCCUCGAGACGGCGCUGCGCCCGCCCUCCAAGAGCGAGAAGUCAUGUGGUGUUGAUGCCAUUGCGCGGGAAAGCAUGUUGCCGCAUGGCCGACAUGAAAUGGUUUUGAUUCACCGUAAUGAACAUGGAAAGUUAUUUAGCCCCUAGCCGGCUCGCAUAACCGAUUUCCUGACGGCAUUCCAUGUCCCCACGCUUCCUCGUCAAACGCUUGGAACGCAAUGGGACGUGUUUGAAGAUGGGUCGUUCGGAGUCUCGGCGUGGGGCUCGCCAGGCGUUCGAGCGCGUAAAGACAUGGCCAAAGGUUGUCCACAGAGCAUCAGUGGAGAGCGAGGAACUGCGGCAUUGCCACCACUUGGUCCUCCGAAAGCGGUGGCACUUUCUGCCGAUCGAUGUCCCAAGUGUUGUUGGCAAUAGUCGACGCCGCGAUUCAGUUGCGGUCGGCGGCCACUGCGCAAAGGUGACCGGGAAGUUUGCCGUCGACCACGACAAGAUUUCUGCAUGGCAAGCACGAACGCCGCCUGUGACGUCUAUCUUUCGAGCUCGGAUACUUGGGCACCGAAUGAAGGUUCAUGGCUGUUGCCGCGACGAGCUUCGGUGAACGGUCGUGGCUGUUUGGUAGUAUACGUGCACAUCUUGCCUUGGCACAGCGCGAGCGUUUGACACCUUUCCAACAGACAGCGCAUGCCUUCAUCCAAGGAGUUGCGACAAGGUCGCAUCUCCCUCUGGAAUCGCCGCGGGUUUCCA